AUGGCGCCCUUAGCUUUCUUUUCUUCCUUCCCAGUUUCCGCCAUUGCUCGCCUGGAGAUCUUAUAAUUAUUCAUCGAUGAGAUGCUGUCCCAUCACAACAUGAACACCCGACCGCGCUUGCCCCAAGAUCGCACCGGAACCGUUCACGCAUUGGAAUUUCGUCGCUAUGGUUGAAAAAGGGCAGGUGGUUGUUGUCGUCUGCCUAGCGAUAUCCGUUGUUGUUUUCUGCUUGCGCUUCUACAUCCGGGUUGUCAAAAAUGGCCAGUUUACAUUUCUAGAGAUAACGCUUUUAUUUGCCUUGGCAAUGGAAGUCGCUUUUGGAGGCAUACAAAUAAAGCAAUACCAGUUAAUGGCGGCUCCUUCGACUGUGACAAACGCUGUGGAGCUUGGCAAGUGGACUUACGCCAAUACAUUCUUUUACAUUGCAUGUAUCUGGAGCGUUAAGUUUGCAUUCAAUAUACUACACAUCCGGGUGACGGAGGGUAUAUCUGCUGUUCACGUCUGGGCAGUUCGUACCUUAUAUAUCCUCGGGUUUACCUGGAUUCUCGUCUAUGUUACAUAUCUUCUUAAAUGCUUGCCAGUAAGCCGCAACUGGGACGCGCCGAUAACCCAUGCCAAACAAUGUCCGGGUAUCCUACAUGCUUGGGAUUUUUGGUUGCAUCUUGCGCUCCAUCUUAGCACAGAUUUCUGGUUGUGCAUCUUGCCGUUUCCAGCACUCGUUAAAAUCAGCGAACCACGUAUUCGCAUGGCUGUGUGCGGUGUUUACAGCCUUGCCGGACUCACCAUUAUUAUCAGCAUUCUCCGAGCUGUCCUCUUGGGCCUAAAUAGAGGCGCCAGCCUGGAACACAUUUCAAUUCUUACUAUGAUCGAGGUCAUGACAAUUGUUGUUAUGAGCUGCCUCCCAGGCUUGUCGUCAACCUUCACACGCAAGUACAUUCAUCACGAUGUUAGCUAUCCGGAAUCUGGGUCGGCCAUUGGGCAACGGAAAAGCCAGAGUAGCUACGGGAAUUUCGCACAACUUAAAGAACCUGGCAUUGAGCUACAUGGCGUUAGAAGCGAAGCUAGUGGCGAGAGAUUGUAGGUUGUGCCCGAUAGAAUGUGACAGGGUAACCCUUUGGCGCGUGUAACAAUUACUCUACUGACGGGGAGCUGGAGUUGUGAAACACGCUGGAUCAUUUUUGGUGCACACCUUUUCCAAUCAGAUUUUACCCGAUCAGGCUCAGAAUUUGGGCUCGCUUCUUCGUUUCCACAAUCUCCUCCUCUUCCAUAGCAUCUGAUUCUGCUCACAGUCCAAAUAUUGCCCUCCCUCGAUACCCU